AUGUCUGCCAAAUAUCUCUUCGUCUCGGUCCCCACCAGCAUAACGCCCUCGGGCCACAAGGACGACGCAGUCGCAUCGGUGCAGAAAGCGGCCAACCCGUCCCAAGGCGACGUUUUGCCAUUCUCCAUCCCAGAGUUCAAGAUCGGCACGCUCGACGCCCUGUUACAGCAGUCCGAGGAACUGGCCAAGCUGGCGGCCGUGUGUCAUGGAGUGGUAGGCAAAGUCGGGGACACCUUGAAGAACAUCCUGGACGGGGACGAGGAGAAGAUUAACAUGCACAAGAAUGUCAACGAUAAACCCCUCGAGCAAUACCUGCGAAGCUUCUCCUGGAACAAAGUCAAAUACCGCGCCGACAGGCCACUGUCGGAACUAAUCGAUCUUCUACAAAAGGAAGCCAAUUCGAUAGACAACGACGUCCGAUCCAAGUACAACCAAUACAACUCGCUCCGCACCUCCCUCCAAUCCCUGAUCCGCAAACAGACGGGCAAUCUCUCGACCAAAUCCCUCGCGCCUCUGAUCACCGACCCCAAAAUCCUGGUGCAGAAUCAACACUCGGAGCACCUGGAAACCCACUUGAUCGCCGUGCCCAAUGCCAACGUCAAAGAAUUCAUGAGGACCUACGAAACGCUGGCGCCCAUGGUCGUCCCACGCUCGGCGACCUUUGUGGCCCAGGACCAGGAAUACACCUUGUACGCGGUGACGACUUUCCGGAAGCACGCGCAAGAGUUUGUGCAUAAAGCCCGAGAGAGGAAGUGGGUGCCCAGAGACUACAAGUACAAGGAAGGCGGCAAGGAAGAGGAGGAAAAGGAGGUCAAGAAGGUCGAAGCCGAGGAGAAGAGAGUCUGGGGAGAAACGCUGCGGCUUGGUCGGACCGGGUGGAGUGAGGCCGUCAUGUGUCUUGUGCAUGUGGUCGUGUUGAGGGUGUUUGUGGAAACCGUCCUGAGAUACGGCUUGCCGUUGGAUUAUGUGGCUGUUUUGAUCAAGACGGACACGAAACGCGAAAAGAAGGUCCGUCAAGGUCUGGACAGCGAGUACUCGUACCUCGCAGGCAACGCCUUCGGGAGAGACAAGAAAGGCAGAGUGGUCAAGGAUGAAGGCACCAGCGGCCAGCAAGACAUGGUUGCCGGUGGCGGAGGAGAACAAGGGGAGUAUUCGGCUUAUGUAUGUUACGAUAUCGAACUCGAAUGA